AUGCCCACGCAGAUUUACCAGCGUCCAAUCAAUACCUAUGUUUUAGGAUCUAUCGGACAUCAUAAUGUUGCCAUUGCUUGUCUCGCAAACGGCUCUUACGGUACUACCUCUGCAACAUCGAUGGCCUUGAGAAUGGUAAUGACUUUCCGAUCCAUUUGUAUUCACCUUGUGUGGAUGGGUAUCGUAGCUGGUGUACCAUGUCACGGGCCCAAUGAUGUUCGACUGGGUGAUAUUGUGCCAUGCAACGAUCACUCCGACACCACCAAACUUGAAGUACGGCGCAAGCGUGAAAACGACGUGCCUGUAGUCCACUACGGCAAAUUGCGUCCGGGAACCAGCUCAGGAAUUCAAGGUCUGAGCAUCGAGAUGGAAAUUGCAGGUCUCAUGGAUGAUUUUCCAUGUAUUCAACGUCCCCGAAAUCAUUCCAUACAUCCUGAAGGACAAUUCAAUCUGAAGGCUUUCUUGCAACAGCUGGCGAGGAAAAGGGAUGAUUUCGAUAGUUGGGCGACAAAACAAGGGCCGGGUACCCAUGACAUGGGAAAAGCGCCUGGGUAUCCUUUCGUGACGAAGUCCGAAAUCGAAGGGCGGAUCUGAGUCAUUAUUCAUUAAUUGUAGAUGGCUACAAAUUAAUAAGUCUCUUGACGUGUAGCUUUAUGCAUAGCAUAUCAGGACUAGCUCUUAUC